AUGGCCCUCCUCUCCGGAGUCGCCACGAUCCGUGGCGCGGCAGCGAUGCCCGGCUUCUUCGAGACCCUGGUGACGGCGCAGAACGGCAGCACCGUCUCCGUCUUCAUCCGCAACACCACACACAGCGACGCCCCUCCUGCCAGUGCUUCCACCGACGGAGGCGAUAAGUUCUUCUGGGCUAGCUACGUACCGCGGAAAACUUCGGGCAGUAUAUGUGGCGACAGCACUAUCAUGGAUGCCGGCUGCGAGCUCAACGCCGCGGUCCCUGACUGCCAGGCAAUCAUCGACGGGCUGGGGGCGAAGCCGGGAAUGUGGGAAUUUGGGGACUGGAGCCGGUACAGCGGCGAGUACUUCCACACAUUGUCGAUCUCGGGGGACUGUGCGUGGGGCGUGUCGAUCGUGAAGUCUACUUGGACGGCGAUAGACAUUGCGUCGCAGGAUAUCUACGAGACGGUGACUUCGAGCUGGAAACACGCAAAGGGGGGUCGCGUGGGCACGUAUGGCCAGAUGAUAUGCGGUGCGGGGACAUCGCCGCCUUCGCUGGUUUGGGCGAUGUAUACGCCUUCGAGGUUCCCACAGUAG